AUGUCGUUUUGGAUUUUUGGAAAGCAGAAGACUCCCAAGGAGAUCUUGAGAGAAAAUCAGAGGGCGUUGCGACGCGCGAUGCGUGAGCUGGAACGAGAGCGAACCAAUCUGCAGCGACAAGAAAAGAAUCUCACAAUCGAAAUCAAGCAGAUGGCCAAGAAGGGUCAAAUGUCUGCCGCGAAGAUCAUGGCGCGAGAUCUCGUGCGCACGCGUUCUCAGAUCACCAAAUUCUACCAACUCAAGUCACACCUCCAGGCUGUCAGCCUCCGCAUGCAGACGCUGCAAUCGCAGCAGGCGAUGUCGGACGCGAUGAAGGGAGCGACGAAGGCGAUGAUGGUGAUGAACAGGCGCAUGAAUAUACCCGCCAUGCAGAAGAUCCUACAGAACUUUGAGAUGCAGUCAGAGAUGAUGGACAUGAAGGAGGAGAUGAUGGCCGACGCCAUGGACGACAUCUUCGACGAGGAUCAGGAAGAGGAGGAGACCGACGAGAUCCUCAAUCAGGUCCUCGACGAGAUCGGCAUCAACCUUUCCUCAGAGGUACACCCAGACCCUGUCGAGCAGCCUGCGCUGCUUCCCCGCUGUUGCUACAGUGCUGACGUGGUCCUGCUCUUCUUCUUCUUCAAACCGCGCCAGCUGGUGGACGCCCCAACGAGCAUGGGCGCGACCAACGUCAAGCAAAAGACGGCGGCCGUGCUGUCGGAGGGUGGCGGACCCGCUCCCGGAGGAGGAGCCGGCGGACGACGGCCCGGACCUGGCGGCGGUGGCAACGGAGGAGCCGGAGGUGGCGGCGGUGGCGGCAUGGGCGUGGGACCUUCGGUCGGCCCGAGCGACGGCGGCGUGCCGGCCAGCGACGAAGACGACGAUCUGGCCGCGCGUCUCGAGGCCCUCAAGCGGAACUAG